GAUUCAACUCACUCAUCGCAGCAACUGUAGCGCGAUGGCACCUCCAAACUUUGCUUUGUGCUUUGCAUGUUUGUUUGUGGUUUAUUUGGCUCACACAACAGCUUUAAAGCAGUCAUCAUUACAUUUUCAAUCAGCCAGUGUUGGGGAAAGCAUCACUUUGUCAUGCUUCUGUCAAAAAACGGAAGCAGUGAUGUUUUACUGGUAUAAACAGUCUGUGGGACUGACACCAAAGCUGAUGUCUUCAUUCCACAGUUAUAAGACCAACAUCACCUUUCAUGGUGAAUUUAAUAAUCCACGUUUCUCCCUUGACAUUGAAAACCGUAAAAAUCAAUUGAAGAUUUCAGAUUUCCAAUUUUCAGACUCAGGUACUUACUACUGCUUAAGGAACAAUUUUGUUGAUUUUGAAUUUUGCAAGGGGACAACUGUUACCACAAAAGGUUCAGGUCUGAACAUCCCAGCUGUGGUCCAUCAGUCAGCAUCGCAGACCAUCCAGCCAGGAGGCUCUGUGACUCUGAACUGUACAGUACACACUGGGACCUGUGAUGGAGAACACAGUGUUUACUGGUUCAAAAACUCUGGAGAAUCUCAUCCAAAACAUAUUUAUACUCAUGGAGGAAGGAAUGAUCAGUGUGAGAGGAAACCCAGCACACAAACACACUCCUGUGUCUACAAUUGGACGAUGAGGAGCCUGAAUCUGUCUCAUGCUGGGACCUACUACUGUGCUGUUGCCUCAUGUGGACACAUACUGUUUGGAAAUGGGACCAAGCUGGACCUUAAGUAUGAGGUGGGCUCUCUUGUGUAUAUCUUGAGUGCAGCUUUGUCAUUCACCACCGUCCUGGUUGUGUUACUGGCUUUCACAGUGUACAAGAUGAGUAAAAGGAAGUGCCAAUAUACAGAGUCUAAUGUGAUAUUUUCAACAACUUCUGCUCCAAAUGAAGCGUCAUGUCAAGAUACAGAGAACCUCCAUUACGCUGCUUUAAGGGAUCACAAGGUCAACCGAUCCAGAGGACAGAGGAGCAACACUAAUAAUGAAUGUGUGUACUCCAGUGUAAAGCAGUAGACCUGCACCUACCUUACGCCUAUUUCAAUAAAUAUAAAGGCUUUCCUUGGAAUAAAUUUUGCAGUAA